AGCACAAUCAAUAUGAUCAGUGACAGCGAUGAAGACGAUGUUAAUGUGACAGAAAAAUAUGUAAAAAAUAAUGACAGCUUAAAGAAAUAUGGAUGGGCAGAUCUGCCUUUACGACAGUACCAGUUGUCAGGUGUAAACUGGCUUGUCAAUUGUACAAAGAAGGGACAUGGAGCAAUUCUUGGAGAUGAAAUGGGCUUGGGUAAAACUUGUCAGACAAUAGCUUUUCUAACAUACUUAAAGAAACCAAAUCAGCAAAGUUUGGUUGUCUGUCCAAGAUCAGUGUUAGAGAACUGGGCUGAAGAGUUUAAAAGGUUUUCACCAUCCAUGAAGAUACAAAUAUACACUGGAGAUAAAGACAAAAGAUCAGAACUUGCAUCCAAAAUCAAACAUGAUCUUAAAAAGGGGAGGCAACACUUUGAUAUACUUCUCACAACAUAUGAACUGUGCCUGAAGGAUGAUGCUUUCUUGUCUUCUGUACCGUGGUGUGUUAUUGUUGUGGAUGAGGCUCAUCGACUGAAGAACAGCGAAUCUCUACUGUAUCAGACCCUAUCUGACUGGAACAUAGAUUAUCGAGUGUUGUUAACUGGGACCCCAGUACAGAAUAACCUGGAUGAGCUCUACUCCUUACUCAGCUUCGCUGCUCCAAGAGUGUUCCGAUUGUCAGGGCGCGAAAAAUUUGUCAACAAGUACAAAGAUGUCGCCAAAAAUAAAGGUACCUCAGAACUCCAUGAGGUGCUUAAGCCUUACCUCCUACGCAGGACCAAGGAGGCGGUCCUUAAAGACCUUCCCAGGAAGUCAGAAAUUGUGAUGUAUCAUGGGAUAUCUAAAGUCCAAAAGAAACUCUACAAAGCCAUCCUGACUAAAGAUACAAGUGUUUUCACCGACACAAAUCGACCAGGAGGAGGUUCUCCCAGACUCAUGAAUAUUCUAAUGCAGCUAAGGAAAUGUGUCAAUCAUCCAUACCUUUUCGAUGGUGUUGAACCGGAGCCCUUUGAGUUGGGGGAACACCUAGUUGAGGCCAGCGGUAAGCUGGUUCUAAUUGACCGGUUACUGAAAUACUUACAGACCACUGGGCACAAGGUUCUGCUGUUCUCUCAGAUGACACACAUGCUCGACAUCAUACAGGAUUACCUGGGGUACAGAGAGUACAGUUAUGAACGUCUGGAUGGAUCUGUCCGAGGGGAGGAAAGAUUUCUUGCUGUUCAGAACUUUAAUAAGAACAUAGAGACAUUUGUGUUUCUGUUGAGCACCAAGGCAGGGGGUCAGGGGCUGAAUCUUGUGGCUGCUGAUACUGUCAUUUUUGUGGACAGUGACUUUAACCCUCAGAAUGACCUUCAGGCUGCUGCUCGGGCUCACAGGAUUGGCCAGACAAGGCCAGUGAAGAUUAUACGGUUAGUUGGAAGACACACUGUGGAGGAGAUAAUCCUAAAGCGAGCAGAGGACAAACUUAAGCUGACAGAGAAAGUGAUAGAGGAGGGGGAGUUCUCACUGGGGCUCGGUAAACAGUCCCUCAUUUCUGAUGAACAUGUGCCACUACAAGACAUUCUGAAGUUUGGGGUAGAUAAUCUGUUGAAUGAUGAGGACUCUGAUGACACAGACAUUGACUUUGCUAAAAUCCUCGGUCCAUCUGUCGACGGUGAAUGGCAGUUAGAGGAGGAACCGUCAGUCAGUGAUGAACAGGAGAAGGUUCUGGAGUUGGAGGAGGCUCCUUCCAGUAUGUACGAGUUUGAGGGGGUGGAUUAUGCUAAGGAACCCUCAGCAGCUGACAUAAAGGCAUUUGAAGACCUUCUUUCAACUGAACAGCUGAUAUUGGAGGAGGAAUUUUCAGGUGAGAGGUCACUGAGGAGAAAUAAAUCUGUUGUGCUUAGUCCACUGUUGGAGACUUCUAGUUCUAGAAAACCAAAGAAACAACUUACUCAGGAGGAGAUUGAUGAAAGAAAUAGAAAGAGAAAGGAAACACUGGAAAGGAAAGCUAAGGAGGCAGAGGAACGAGCAAAAAAGAGGGCAGAACAACAGAAGAAAAAACUUGAAGAACUUUGGAAAACGAACGGUUAUGUGUCUAGCUGUGUAAGGUUUGAUGAUGAAGAUGAAGACACGGAAGAAGAGGAAGAUUCAGGACUACAACUGGACGAGGAGGAGGAAGAAGGGGAACAGAAGAGUCAUGCCAUACACUACGUCAGCGGUGAUGUCACUCGCACAGUAAAAACUAAAAACAGUGUCAAUCUCAUUGUUCACUGUGCAGAUGAUUCCGGAUGGUGGGGUAAAGGUGGUGUGUUUACAGCAAUAUCCAAACGUAGUCACUCCGUGGAGGAACAGUAUGAACUGGCAGCUAAAAUGAAAGACAUACGUGUUGGAGAUUGUCAUCUCAUUUCCAUGGAUGAUGAAGAUAAAUCUGGAGAGGAGGAAAACUGGAUGUGUCUCCUAAUAGCUCAACACAGGGACAAAUCAAAUAAUACCUUAUCGGGGAUCAAAUUAUCUGCCCUAAAGGAGGGACUCAAGAUGGUGUAUAAGUUGGCAAAAGCUCGGAAAGCAAGUGUUCACCUUCCUAGAAUAGGUCAUGACACCCCGGGAUUUAACUGGUACGGAACAGAGAGAUUGAUUAGGAAACACCUGGCAGCUAGGGGAAUCCCCACUUACAUCUAUUAUUACCCAAGAAAACAAAAGGGAUUGAAGAGAAAAAGUGAGGAUGAUUCACACACCACAAAGUCUCCCAGAUCUCUACCCAAGAAGAAGAUGAGCCCCAGCACUACUACCAUGAAUGGUGGCACCAGCAGUAAACUCCCAGAUUUAUUUACUGGAAUGUGCAUUUACCUACAUCCCUCAAACUUCAAUUCAGACAAACUGAGGCAGUAUAGGAGACAGAUCAUCGCUUAUGAUGGUGAUGUUGUAAAAGAAUAUUCGUCUGAUGUUACCCGUGUCAUAGCUGAUUCAAACUGUGAUAAGAUGGCAGCUUCAUGGUUGAAAUCAAACGUGACGUGCCCAGUGGUGACACCCGAUUGGCUAGAUUGCUGUCUUCGAAAGAGAAAGAUUGUACCUAUCCAGCCCUGUAUACAUCCCUCUUGUGAUAGAGGUUGAGUCUGGUUGACACAUAGAUUUCUAGUUUCGAGGAUGAGAAACCUCUUCACCAUCCCUUCUCAACGUUUCCAGGUCAUACCAAAGAUGGCAGUAGAGUACUACUAGUCUUAUUAGUGCUUCGAGAUUAGUUGUAACUUUUUAAAUCAGAUCUGUGAUAUUAGUGUUAUUGUUUUAUAUGUUCACUAAGCCCAAAGGCUCAAUGUGAAGUUUUUUUGAUCAAAAUUCGCCUGUCUGUUAAUUUAAAACUUCUGUAUAAUCACUGGGAUAAUGAGCAAAACAAAAAAAAAAUCCAUGGGAGAGAGGGAUUGGAAUUUGUUCAAUCUCAGGGUUUUGAUGGGACUAUUACAUGCAAACAAAACUUACAAAUAUAUAAAAUCUUUCAGAAUUUCCUUUUCAAUAACAGCAAAUCCAUAAUUACUCAGUUUUCAAAUUAAUAUGCAAAAUAUAAUAAAUUUAGUGUAGAUCCUAGUUUAUUCAAAUCAUGGUCCACAGGGUUAGGUUGGCCCCAGAAUAGGGGUUUUCUUAGAACUUUAUAGAUGCCCACAAGAAGAACAAAGCUACAAUGUGUAAUUUGAUAUGAAGCAAUAGUAAUUUGGCUAUCUUAAUGAACAGGUUAAUCUACCUAUUCAGAAAUGUAACUCAGGAGGGCAGUGUAACCUAUGGGCCUGUUGUUUAAGGGUGUGUUUUAAUUUAUUUGCUCUCUGGCCUUUGUUCCUUUUGAGACUUGUUAAAUAUCAGGGUAUUACUGCUCUCAAAAUAAAAUCUGUAUCUAAAACCUGA